GAGUUCGUCCAGGUGGCGCAGAAACCGGCGGCCGAGGGUGGUGGCGUUCGUGAAGGGCCGCUGUUUUACGCGCGAAACCGACUACCAGCGAUCGGCAGAAUCACGGCACUUUGACCAACCUGCGGCUUGUUUGCUGGACUCCGGAAUACCGUAACAAACGCGGGUGUCCGGUGCCUGGCAAUGGAAAGUACCAGCGCUUCCGCAGCCCCACCGAUGACGGAAGAUGAUAUUCAGGAGAACUAUCGUCGCAAAUACCGACGUAUGAAGCGGACGAUAAAAGAUCUCGUGUUUGAAAAUGCCGCCCUAUGCGAUCACAUUUCGCAGGUGCAGGAAAAGAUCAGUCAGCGAAACGAGGAACGGAGGUAUCUGCUGAAGAAGCUGCUCGAUCACGAGAACGAAUUUGAAACUCAGCUCGGUCGACCAUGCAGCAAGCUGAACGAGUUGAUCGCCAACAGUUUGCCGCCUAAGAGACAGUACAAGAAGCGUGAAAAAAAUCCUAGCAAUGGUCCCGGCACUACCUCUGCCGGUACGGAAUCUGACAAACGAGCUAGUGAGACGGGCGAAAAUGGGACAUCCGCUAGCAAACCUAGCGCACCGAAAGAAGGCAAUAGAACGGAAACUAGCAAUGGCCUUAAACCGGGGGGGAAACGUGGCCCCGCGGCUACCGGUAGCGGGAAGGGAGCAAAAAGAGGGCGUCCGGCCGGGCAGCGGAACAAGAAAAACCGAACCGAACCAAACAUUACGGACCUCAGUCGGACGACCACGGGUGGUGGACACCCCUCGUACCCGGUGGUGGUCGGGGGUUUCACGAUACAGAACCUCGGAGAGAUUGCGCCCGAUCGGACGGCGUACCACACCGAGUGUACGAUCUACCCGAUCGGAUACUGCGUCACACGACCGUACGGUCACUACAAGGAUCCAGCGAAACGGUGCAUUUACACGUGUCGCGUGCUAGACGGUGGUGAAACGCCACGCUUCGAGAUUAUGCCGGACGGAGCUGACGUGGACGGUGUAAUUACGGGAGCGUCCACCGAUAGCUGUCAUGCGCUGCUUUUGCAGCGCAUUAACGCCACCCUCAAUAUACGGACAAUCGAUUCGAGGCCCUCGGGCGAUUGGUUCUUCGGUGUGGCGCACCCGACCAUCUCGAGCCUGAUACAGAGUUUCCCGCCCUCCAAGCAGUGCGCCAACUAUCGGGGCGUCAAGAAGGAAAACUUCACCAACAUGGACAAGGAGAACGAUCCGACGCUCAACUAUGAGGCGCUGCUGCGCCACAUCACGAUCUCUACCUACCAUACGGUGCCGGAGAUCAAGGAGGAACCGCCCGACGAGUUGUUCGACCACUCCGAGGGUAACUCCUACCGUUUGUCGGUUUGAAGCGGGUUUGUGUUUUCGGCUUAUGUACAUAUUAAAACACGGCGCGAUGGGUGAAGUGGGUCUUAAAUUUCGACACACGCGCACCAUUUAGUGGUAAAAUAAAGUAGGAAAAGAACGAUUGGAAAUAAAUUAUGUGGCACGUUCUUCGGAAGUAAUUUUCUACGACCCUCUCGUGUGGCUUGUACGUUUUAUGUAAAAGCGAAUAAAAACAAAAU